GGUCUUUGGUUCCACGAAUUAAAAGCAACUUGUCAUCAACCUGCAGCACAAAUGAGUGGAGCUCCCCGCUAUGGGUCUCUCUUCACCCUCAAUUCCUGGGCUCGGCGAAUGACAUCGAAGGUGUCAUCAACGGACUUAACGGGGCUACCGGUCCAUGGCACACAGGAUGACACCACUUGCCCCCUUUCAUCAGAGUUAUUCAUUGUAUGAACCUUGGUGGUUCGACGAAUUGAAGGGAGGGUGUGAUCAACAUGCAGCUCCUGGACGACUGCACAUCGGAUGACAUCAAUCUUCAAUACACCAAAAUGCAUACGGUGGAGACUGUGCGUAAUGAUGAACAUAUAUUCAUAUCCCCAUGUUCACCAAUGUCAGCAGGGGGUGAAGUAACCGGAGAUUCUGCCAUUAUCGCCGGAAAUUCCUACAGGAUAUAUAUGCGAGGCCCCCUUCGCCAUAAACUAUCCACGUUACCAACCAUCUUCUGCCCUCUGAUACUAUCAUCAUGCCUUUCUUCACCCCUGCUCCCAAACCAUCCAGCCUGCUCGGCUACCACCGAGUGUUGGCACCCUCGGCAGGUGUCAAGGUUUCGCCGCUAUGUCUUGGAGCUAUGAACUUUGGAAACAACUGGAAGGAUUUCAUGGGAGAAUGUGACAAGGACCAGUCGUUUGCACUUCUUGACGCGUUCUUCAAGCUCGGCGGUAACUUUAUCGAUACCAUCGCCACCAAAUACACAACCGGCUACCGCUCCUCCCACCGCGACACCGAACCCCUCCAAUCCAACUUCGUCGGCAACUCCAUCAAAAGCAUGCGCGUCUCCGUCGACCGCAGUCUCAAAAAGCUCCAGACCGAUUACAUCGACCUCCUAUACCUCCACUGGUGGGACUUCACCACCUCCGUCGAAGAAGUCAUGCACGGUCUCAACAACCUCGUCACAUCAGGCAAGGUGCUUUACCUCGGUGUCUCCGACACCCCAGCCUGGGUAGUCGUCAAAGCCAAUGACUACGCCCGGGCCCACGGUCUCCGUCCUUUCUCCGUGUACCAGGGAAGAUGGAACGCCGGGUUCAGAGACCUCGAGCGAGAAAUCAUCCCCAUGUGCAGAGACCAAGGAAUGGCCAUUGCACCUUGGGCGCCCCUCGGACAGGGCAAAUUCAAGUCCGCAGAGGCUCGCUCCAACGAGGCUGAAGCUGGUAGUGCGCGUGCUUCGAAUCUAACUGAGGAUGAUAUCAAGGUAUCGGAUGCGUUGGAGAAGGUUGCUAAGAGGAAGGGGACUACGUUGCAUGCUAUUGCCCUCGCCUACGUAAUGCACAAGACACCCAACGUCUUCCCCAUCAUCGGUCAACGGAAAAUCGAACAUCUAAAAGCAAACAUCGAGGCUCUGGGAGUUAGACUCUCCAACGAGGACCUGGAUGAAAUUGACGCUGCAUCUUCAUUUGAUAUCGGCUUCCCGAUGAAUUUCAUCUUCCAGGACGGUUACUCGUCGCGUAAUACCGCCGCGGAUGUUAGGUUGACUAAGGCGUCUGCGCUUAUUGAUGCUCCGGCUCAUCCUUCGCCUGUGCUGCCUCGUCAGGAAUAG